AUGGCUCAAGCGAUCAAGAGCGCCCUGCCUACUCACCUGAAGUCUCCUCUUGGAGGCCAGGGCAAGGCUGAUGACGCCGAGUUCACCUCCCGCCACCACGGCAAGACGAGGUCUCACAUGGCUUUCGAGAACACUUCCACCAGCGUCGCCGCUGCCCAGAUGCGCAAUGCUCUCACCACCCUCUCCGAGACAGUCACCGACCCCGAGCAGAAGAAGCUCUUCGAGACCGAGAUGGACAACUUCUUCGCCCUCUUCCGUCGCUACUUGAACGACAAGGCCAAGGGCAACGCCGUUGACUGGGACCGCAUUGCUCCCCCCGCUCAGGGCCAGGUUGUUGACUACGAGGACCUCGCCAACUCCGAGUCCGUUCAGUUCCUCAACAAGCUUGCCGUCCUCAAGCUCAACGGUGGUCUCGGUACCUCCAUGGGUUGCGUCGGCCCCAAGUCUGUCAUUGAGGUUCGUGACGGCAUGUCCUUCCUGGACCUGUCCGUCCGCCAGAUCGAGUACCUCAACCGCACUUACGGCGUCAACGUUCCCUUCAUCCUCAUGAACUCGUUCAACACCAACGACGACACUGCUGCCAUCAUCAAGAAGUACGAGGGCCACAACGUCGACAUCCUCACCUUCAACCAAUCAAGAUACCCCAGAAUCCUCAAGGACUCGCUCCUCCCCGUCCCCAAGACGUACGACUCCGCCAUCAGCGACUGGUACCCCCCUGGUCACGGUGACGUUUUCGAGUCUCUGUACAACUCUGGCAUUCUCGACAAGCUCAUCGAGCGUGGCAUCGAGAUUGUCUUCCUUUCCAACGUCGACAACCUGGGCGCCGUCGUCGAUCUCCGCGUCCUCCAGCACAUGGUCGAGACCGAGGCCGAAUACAUCAUGGAGUUGACCAACAAGACCAAGGCCGACGUCAAGGGUGGUACCAUUAUCGACUACGAGGGCUCUGUCCGUCUCCUUGAGAUCGCCCAGGUCCCCAAGGAGCACGUCAACGAGUUCAAGUCUAUCAAGAAGUUCAAGUACUUCAACACCAACAACAUCUGGCUCAACCUGAAGGCCAUCAAGCGCGUCGUUGAGAACGAUGAGCUUGAGAUGGAGAUCAUCCCCAACGGCAAGACCAUCCCCGGCGACAAGAAGGGCGAGUCCGACAUCUCCAUCAUCCAGCUGGAGACCGCCGUCGGAGCUGCCAUCCGUCACUUUAAGAACGCGCACGGUGUCAACGUUCCCCGUCGCCGCUUCUUGCCCGUCAAGACCUCCUCCGACCUGAUGCUCGUCAAGUCUGACCUCUACACCGUCAAGCAUGGCCAGCUUCAGAUGAGCUCCAGCCGCUUCGGCGACGCCCCUCUCAUCAAGCUGGGCAGCGACUUCAAGAAGGUCUCUGACUUCGCCAAGCACAUCCCGUCCAUCCCCAAGAUCAUCGAGCUGGACCACCUGACCAUCACCGGUGCCGUCAACCUCGGCCGCGGCGUGACGCUCAAGGGCACUGUCAUCAUCGUCGCUACAGAGGGCAGCACCAUCGACAUCCCUCCUGGAUCCAUCCUCGAAAACGUGGUUGUCCAGGGUAGCUUGCGUCUGCUUGAGCACUAA